GAAUACAGAAAUGUUUAGAAUUUAAUUUGACAGAUUUAGACAUUACCCAGAAGCGACACCCGGAGGUGGACGACAGGACUGCGGGUAGUUUAAGCGAAGAAAAAAGGAAAUUAUCCGAACAGCGAGAGGUUGUUUGGAAGUACGUCAGAUUAGGUCGGACUGUCUAAACGGUGAAAGACAUUAAAAAUAAAAUCAGAAGGUUUUUCGCAGCAAGUCAGUGGUUGCAGCGAGGGCUUUCGUAAGCCUGGGAUUUCCCUUUGAAUCCCGUUCAAAAAGCUGGGAUGUGUAAUUUUGCGUUAAAUUUCAGUUUAUUCAAUGGCAGGUAUUGGAAAUUUCACAGUAAAAAGGAAGACAUUUUUAUUAGACACAGAAGUGUCUUAAGCCUUCGACAGAGAUCGUUUCCGCGUCCGUAAACUGGUAUUUUGUCUCUUUUGUUUCUUUACCGCAGGCUGCUAGCCUUACAUACAUUUUUUGCUUUUGAAUUGAGAGCGGCUGCUGAGCGGGAGCCGACCCGGCGAGAGCGCUUUCGAACUCGGUGCGAGCUUUAACUUGAGCAGGCGGCUUUAGGGGACGGGGUAGGCCCAGAAGUUGCAGCGCUGCGUUUCGUGUCGUCGAGAGUUGAGGAGACCGAAACAUCGAAGAGGGUUAGGUUAAAACAAUAACAACGCAAGAUAAAAUUUGGAUCCACACUUUGUAUUUUUGUCCCCCCCAAGGCGCUUAAAAAAAUGAACAUGAUUGGUCGAGCACAGGUUAGGAGACGAUGCGAAUGAACUAAUUCUUGUUUUAAAAGAUCUGAACUGCGGUACUUCUUUAGAUGUAAACAUUGCUUUUGCCGAAUUGACGAUAAGAUGAAACUCCUGGAAAACUCGAGCUUCGAAGCCAUGAACACUCAGCUCACGAUAGAGACUGGGGACUGUCAGAUCAUCGGACGGAUCGAGAGCUACUCAUGCAAAAUGGCCGGGGAAGACAAGCAGAUGUUCAAGCAGUUCUGCCAGGAGGGUCUGCCCCACGUGCUCGAGGCCCUCUCCCCCCCACAGACCUCAGGAGUCAGCCCCAACAAGCUGAGCCACAGUCAGAGCGGAGACGAGGGCGAGGGCCCCCUGUCGGACAAGUGCAGCCGGAAGACGCUCUUCUACCUGAUCGCCACGCUCAACGCCUCCUUCCGCCCCGACUACGACUUCAGCCGCGCAAAGAGCCACGACUUCAGCCGGGAGCCCAGCGUCACCUGGGUGGUGAACGCUGUGAACAGCAGCUUGUCGUCCGUGGCCGGAGGGGAGUUCAGCCGCCUGCAGCCUCAGCUGUGGCAGGCUAUCGACGACGAGAUCUGCCUCUCUGAGUGCGACAUCUACAGCUAUAACCCAGACCUGGACUCUGACCCGUAUGGAGAGGAGGGCAACCUGUGGUCCUUCAACUACUUCUUCUACAACAAGAGGCUGAAGAGGAUCGUCUUCUUCACCUGCCGCUCAGUCAGCGUCUUCAUGGCCCCGCGGGACUCGGGCCUGGGCAACGACCUGGACCUGGAGCUGGAGGAGGGCAGCUACGAGGAAGAGGAGAACAUGGACGAAGAGAGGUACGGCGCACUGUGUGCUUGAAGCUGCUGGUAGGAGCGAUUGCCAGCUGUUCUGGACGGGCGUGCAGAGCUCUGAGAUAGCAGCGGCCAGACCUGGAGGCCACCAGCAUUUCCUUUACCAUCUGUUCCACAAGCACAUUUACUGUUGGUUUCGGAGAGAGUGAAGCUUAUCUUCUGUACACAGGGGCGUGUGAGCCUAGCGUGGUAAAACCCAGUCUUGUCUCUGUUUUACUGUUUUAUCUCUUGCACUAGUCUAAAAAUUCACUUUUUUGUUUUUUAAAACAUAUUUCGUAUUCCUUAUGUUCUAUUGGAGAACCAGGCAUAUGGAAGAAUAGAGAAGGAACAUGUAUGAAUUGAGUGUCUUGCUCAAAACAGCAGAACUCCGAUAUGUUGUGGAGAGGUGAGGCCUAGGCGUGUUCUGACAGCCCUUGAGAGAAAUAUUCCCUUCUGUGGGAGUGGAACGAAAGCCCAGGAAAUUUUGUUUAAAAUAUUUUUUUUGGACUGAAGUGUAAUUUCAGGGGGGGCUUUGAGAGUCUUUGCUGUUUUCCUGAUGUUUGUAUUAUCCAGUGUUGAUAUUUUUCCAUUUUUUCCUGUCCUUUUUAUUAAAACCCAUGUGUUCUAGUUACAUUUUAAAUCCUAAAUUCAAGUAUAUUUUUUUGUCACAGCUUGUAAUGUUAUCUUUUUAUUAAUAACAUAACAGGCUGUGAUACUGUUUGUCUACAGCUUAGAUGAGAGAGGCAGAAAAGACUUUGUGGUGCACACAAGUUCAGACACUAGGUGUCACCAUAGUUGCAUUUCGUUGUUUGUUUAAAGAGAAGGCAGCGUCUCCUGAUUUUCUUACUAUAUGAAUAGUACAGUAUUGUGUUUGUCUUUUCAAACACAUGAGCAGGGCUUAAUAGAAGCUGUGAUUGUAGGAAAUGCUUUGUGCUGAAAUGGCAGGAGUAGUCUUGAAUAUUAUAUUCCUAGAUUCAAUUAAUCAGAUUCCAGAAUAAUUCCCUAUGAUACUGCAACAUUGUGUAGCCCUGGAGUGCUAAAUCUCUAUUUUGGAAUUCAGAGAGUUGAGGAAGUAAAGGAACAACCAAGCGUUGCGCCCUGUACUCUUGCACUGGGCAUGCUCUGUAGAUUGCCAGUGCAAUUGUUUCUCACCUGAUUUACUUCUAAGAAAAACAUGUCUGGCAUUUCAAAAGAUGUGCCGGUUACAAAGUUCCAGACUGCUUUGCGUAAGCAUGCUCUUUUCUCCUGCAGCUGUAGAGGAAGUGAAAGGCCGUCUUUGCCCGUGAAAUCUCUUUUCUUUUUUUUUUCUUUGAUCUUUUCGGUGGUUUAUUGAGACGGGAUAUUUUUACACCUUGUACAGGGGCAUUGACACAUUGCCACUCUCGGGGGGGGGGGGAGAGAAGUGAUCAGAUUGUUUUAAAACCUUGAAUCGCGCUGUCAGACCGAUUAAUCUCGUAGGGAGUUAAAGCUGUGAGACAGCGCAGGUCUGCAGGGCUUGAGUGCGAGACCCGCGCUGCACUUGUACAUUUUGCUCUAUGGCCUGUACACUGCCUUGGCCUAUCCAAGAAAGCCGUAUUAACAUUUUGAGAACAUUGUCGCUCUAUGGCACAAUACCAAGGAGAAAAAGCAUGUGGGUGCAAGCAUUGCAGUAUUGGGCAUCUUGGCCUUAUGUAGUGUGCAGUGCCUAGCAGAGCACCUCAUGCAGCAAGCUGUUCUGUGCAUGUAUGUAAGUCUGCGGUAGUAUGGAGUAAUAUUAAGAGCUCAGGACUCCCAAGUUAGAGGCCUGUGGGUCCAGUCGCUCCUCUGUCCUGCUGUACAAAUGGGUCCCCAGCCCGACGUUUUAAACGGGAAUGUGCUCUUCAUCGACUCCCAUAGUAUGGGAUUAAAUGAAUUAUGGAGCUGGCCAAGCCCACUUUGCUCUGAGCAGGGGUUGUCAUCGGCACCUGUUCAUUUUUUAAUGUCAGCAUGCAUGAUCUUUCUAGAAUCAUAUGGAAGCACUGUACCCAUAUUUACAGGUUUAGGGGGUCACGGUCUUGGAAGCAUUAAUCUCAUUCGACACUUUUCUGCAAUAGAUGGUGAUUAUGCAUUGUGCCACAAUUAUAUAGGCUAAAAAACUGCGACCAUUUACUGAGCUGCAUUAAUUGUAUAGAAUGGACAUAGUAAAUGUCAUAUACAAAUCCUAAACAUUGAAACAGUCCCUACAUUAACAUUGUAGGUAGCAGUCUGUAAUGUUUUGGUAUUGAAAAUAGCUAGACCUAAUGUUGAAAAUAGGAUGAGACCCACUGGAUAGGAAGUGGUGGUUUUAAGAAACCAGGACUCUGUGUAAAUGCGAUGUUUGCUUUGUGCAGUUCUGGGAAGCCUGAGCUGCUUGUAUUCUGUAAUAGUGUAACCAAAUGCAGUCUGUUAUUAAACCUGCUGUCACACAGCUAGUUGUGCUGUGAUUGAAAUAUCCGUCAACUUCAUACAUAUGUCAACUCUGUAAAAUGGGUCUUGCUAGUUAAGACGCACAUGGUGUGCGCAACAAAGCCAUUUCUGUGUGUCUGAUGGAAAGUUUCAUUGUGUUUUUGUACUUUAAAAAAUUCAGCUCGGCUCCUAUGCUGCAUGUUCACAGUUGUUGUGUGCCGUUACCGUGACAAACUACUGUCAGCUGGGACUUUUGACAAAAAUCUUUAAAUAUUGAGUUUACUGAAAUCUGUGCCGGUUCUUUGUUUCAGCUGCCUUCUGCUUGUUGGCAGCUGUGAUGAAUGAAUUUGUGGUUUAUCAUACCAUAAAAGGUUCCAGGUGUCUGGAGACCCCAUGUGGACUCAGGUGGCACAGGAGUUCCUUCUUGUCUGGCAGAUAGAAUGCUGCAGCACAUUCUUUGCAAUAAAUAAACAGGUCUGUGACAAGACGUUUUUUCUUUUUAAUCCAAGGAGUGCAAGUUUCUGAAUUCCUCCGCUCAGUCUGUUGCUGAAUGUGAAUCUUGACCGUUUUGAGUGAUCAAGAAACAGUCCGGACAUCAUGUCUGGGAGGAAACACUCGGUAGAUCGGUGGUCUGUUAUAGCCUCUUAAUCUGAAGGCGGCAUUUUGGUGUACAUUUUAUUCGUGAAGCAGGUAUUUAGAGUUACCCCAAAGACAUUGGAUUCUAAGUUGGAAGACGUUUGUGCUCAUCUCAGCCACAUGUAAGCAGUGUGAGAAUAAACACUUUUGAUUCAGUUUAUAGAGUGACAGGGGGCUGGAGGCUGGAGCUGUGGUUGGACUGGCCCAGUAUCACAGUAAGCGGCACUGGGCUGUUCAGAAUAUGUAUGUGCACUUUGCCCUCAUUUGCAAAGUGCAGUUCUCAAGAACUACAUGCAUGUUGAAAACCUAAGAGUGUAUUUCUCACAAUUGUGUUUUUUUAUACCUUGGAUUUUUUUUUUGAAUGAGGAAAAAUUUUAUGCGUUUCUCAAGCUGUGCACUUUUAUGUUUUUUUAACACUGUUGGUUCUGUGUAUGUAACACGGACAGAAGUGCUGUCUCCCUUCUUGCACAGCUUUAUUACAGGUGUUUAUAAACUCAUGAUUAUUUUGUCGUCUUCUAUGUUUGAUGCAUUUUUCUCACAUCUAUAUUGUUUUAGAAAAAAAAUAAAUGUGUGUAAAACGAAA